AUGGACAGUGAUAAGCAUGUCUCUGAUGCUCAAAUCAAUCAAGAUGUCUUCUCCUCUGCAUCUUCUAAAAAUGAAGAACGGCCCGUUCCGCAAGCACAAGCUGUUCCAGAGCAAGAGCGACUUUCCGACGAAGCGUACACCGAGUUGUUUCACAGUCCAAGGGUAGCUAGGAUGUUGGGUGGUCACCCCAAGCCGAGCAAGCCUCUACAUGAGAAGGACCAGGUCUCAUCCAGUGUUCGGACAUCAGGACAAGAGAGUCAAGACGGAGCUCAAAAUCCGCCAGCCGGGAUCGUAGAUUCAACGCCUUCUCAAGCCAAGAGCAGCGAGGAUAUGCACGACCUAAUCACAGACAUGGCCGAAGACGCGGAAGCCAGGUCCGCGGAUCCGUCUCAGGCAAGUUUCGUACGAGACAUAUUCAUAAUUUGGAUACUGAUUGACUGA